CUGUUUUGUCCAUGUGACAACAUAGAAAUGAUGUGAAAUAAUCUAUGUUGCUGAUUUCGCGAGAGAGUUUAGAGCAACUCAAGAUAUGUUAAUUAAUCGUUUUCUCAACAAAAAAAAAAGUUAAUCAUCGCUGAAAAUGUCAUCUCAAAUUAAUUUUCGAUCUUUUUCAAAAUACAUAAAUGCUAAAUAAAUAAAUAUAUAUAUAUAUAUGUUUACUUUUUUGAAAUUAUAAACUAAUUAAAUUUUAGACUAUAAUCUAUAUAUUCUCUUAAGUUUCUUGGUUUUUAAUUUUUAGAUUUGGAUGUUUUCGACCAUUCCACUUGUAUAUGUUAAAAGAUGAUAUGGUCCCUGAUUUCUCUACUCAAAUCAUAUACAGUGCAUGUAAUACAUUUAUCAAAUGUAUCAAUCAGCAUUAAAUCACAACUGUUGGCAGACCUAACCAUAACGGUAGAUGCGGAGGAAAUGGACAGAUGUCAUCAUCCUAGCUUCUUAAUAUGAGGAGACAUGGUUCGUAUACAUAAUGUUGCGCACAUGAUCGUUAUGCUCUUGAUCUAGUAAAUUGACAAAAUCAUGACGUAAGUCAAUCACAAUGAAACCCUUAUACGCAGCCACAUGUAAAAUGAGCCCACACAGAGAGUUUGAUCUAUAAUCCGUCGCCCCUGAUGUUGACAGAUUGGUUGUAUGGUAAAUGCGACCGUACCGUUUCUAGCUGUUUUAUUCGGCAUUCAGACAUUAAGUGAACUCUUGAACUAAAUUUAGCUAUGUAAAAUGAUUCGGCAUUCAGACAUUAAGUGUCUUGCUGAACUAACUAUUUAGAUAUGUAAAAUGAUUUGGCUCACUCAAUAGAAAUAUUUUCCGAAUUGGUUCAAACCUUUAAUUAUAUAUAUAACAUAUACACGGAAAACGAGAUUUGAUAACCAUCGAACACAUGGAUUUUUUUUUUCUUUUGGAUCAGUCAAAAACAUAGAUAAUACGUUAAUAUUUUGUAACAUUACAAUUUAAUCUGUGGUGGUACUUACUUUUACAAUUCAAUAUCUUGGAAUUACGUUCAGUUUAAACAAAUCUUAAAUGUAAUUAAUUAUAAUUUAGACAAUAGAAAACAUAUAAAUUACAUCCCAAGUUCAUCGGAAAUUUUAUACUUCAUAAAUACUGUAUAAAUGUAUCCAACGCUCACAUUUACAACCGAACGUUUGAAACCCACCGUUUACAACCAUAAUAUCUUAGGGCUUUAAAUACAAAACCGGCCAUUGUUAUUAAUUAUAAUCCAAACCUCCGACUUCUAGAUGUAUAGUACACUAGUCUCUAGAUGAAUUUUGUGAGAUAGAUGAUGAUAAUUCAUUGAUACUCACGUAACAACCGAUAAACAACAAUUCUAUUUUUUAUUCAGUGGUGAAUAUGGAAUAGCGCUUGCGCAAGAUGAACUUUGGCGCCUUUAGGUAGUAACUGCCAAGUCAGGAUGCUUCUCGUACGAAUAUGUCACAUGAAAUAUUACUUGCUUCACAAGCCACAUAUUCAGCCACCAACCAGUAUGAAUUAGAUAUACAUAUAUAAGGUUGCGUUGGCUUAAACCCCACACAUGCAAAUUACUUUUGAAGUGUGACGUUCCUUUUUGUUUUCUAACGAAGCGAAACGUGACAAGCAAAGAUCUAUAUAUGAUGAAAACAAGCUUAGAAGAUGAAGUCGAUCCAUCUCGAUUAUAUUCACAUGCAGUGGAUCAUUUUGAACAUAUAAAUUUUGAAAGAACAGAUUUCGUAGGUAUGGGAGUCGGCAUCUGAUAACCACUUGAGUCUCAAGCAACAGUUAGGCGACGGUCUAUCUUAUUUUUGCUAUUUUGGAUUUUCACUCGAAAUUCUUAUUAGAGCAAGUGUAUAAGAUCCUCUGUAAGUGAGACUUAAUAAACCUUAGAUCUUCCAUGCACAGCUUUGGGGGAUUGCAGUAGUUCAAGUUUGCGUUUACCAUUGAUCUUUGUUCAUUUGGAAAAACACUUGUUUGGAAAACGUUAUUUUUAGCAAAAAAAGAAAAGAAAAAGAAAACAAACCUAAAAAUACAAGAAUGUGCAAAUGCAAACAAAUGUAAUACAACAAUAAAAUAGUUCAUAGUUCAAAAAAAAACAAUAAAAUAGUCAAGUAUAAUAGUUUUGUAUAAAAAUGUUACAUGCAAACGCAAAUCAAGAAAAUCACGGAAAUCCUAAAGAGACACUGACACACACACACAAAACAUCCAAAAACUCGGGCAGAAGAGGAUUCACAUAUUACAAUCCAACCUCAAACUUCCAAAAGUUUUAAUCUUAAAAAAAAAAUUCCAAAAGUUUCAAAAUAUAUUAACCUUUUCGUCUAAAAAGUUCACAAAUGAAAAUUCUAGAUAAUGGCUCAAAACAUUUCACGUAAAAUAAAAUGUUAAAGACUAAUAAUCAUUUGCAAAUUUUGUUUAGGUUUUAUGUUUUCUCAAACUUAUAAAUUAAUCAAUAAUUAAAUGAAAACCUCACAACGAAUUAUGUAUGUGUGGACGUGUAAAUCAAUUCAAUUUAAACUACUUCUCUUCUUUUCUCCACAUAUAUUACGUGCAUCUGCAUAUAAAUAUGCAAUUUUUUUACCUAUUUUUAUUAGAUUAAUAAUCAAUCAGAAUCUAAAGAAUGUGGAAGUUGAAGAUAGCAAAGGGAAACAAAGAGGAGCCCUACUUGUUCAGCACCAACAACUUCCUCGGACGGCAGACAUGGGAGUUUGAUCCGGACGCCGGUUCAUCGGAGGAACGAGCUGCCGUCGAUGAAGCUCGCCGAUUCUUUUUUGACAAUCGUUUUCGGGUUAAAGCUAGUAGCGACCUAAUAUGGCGUAUGCAGUUCUUGAAGGAGAAGAAAUUCAAGCAAGCUAUACCUCCGGUGAAGGUUGAAGACGCCAAGAAAAUCACAAGCGAAGCAGCUUCAAAAGCGUUAAGGAGAGGAGUCAGUUUCUUAUCGUCAUUGCAAGCAAGUGAUGGACACUGGCCUGCUGAAAAUGCUGGUCCAUUGUUCUUCCUUCCUCCACUAGUAUUCUGUCUAUUCGUCACUGGACAUUUACAUGAGAUAUUCACUAAAGCGCAUCGUCGAGAGAUCCUCCGGUAUAUCUACUGUCACCAGAAUGAAGAUGGUGGAUGGGGACUACACAUAGAAGGCCACAGCACCAUGUUCUGCACCACAUUAAACUACAUAUGCUUGCGCAUACUUGGAGAAGGUCCAAAUGAAGGACCUGGGAACGCAUGCAAACGUGCCAGGGAAUGGAUUCUUGGCCAUGGUGGUGCAACAUAUAUACCAUCUUGGGGCAAAACAUGGCUUUCGAUACUCGGUGUCUUUGAUUGGUCAGGAAGCAACCCCAUGCCUCCAGAGUUUUGGAUCCUACCUUCAUGUCUUCCUAUACAUCCAGCAAAAAUGUGGUGUUACUGCCGGUUGGUUUACAUGCCAAUGUCUUAUCUAUACGGGAAGAGAUUUGUUGGUCCAAUAAGUCCUCUUAUUUUGCAACUACGUGAAGAGAUAUACUUACAACCUUAUGCAGAAAUAAACUGGAAUAGAGCACGUCAUCUAUGUGCACAGGAAGAUGCAUACUAUCCUCGUCCACUGGUUCAAAAUGUUAUAUGGGACUGCCUUUACAUGUUCGCAGAGCCUUUUCUUACAUGUUGGCCAUUGAACAAGCUUCUUAGGGAAAAAGCUCUUGAUGUGGCAAUGAAACAUAUACAUUAUGAAGAUGAAAAUAGCCGUUAUAUCACCAUUGGAUGUGUUGAAAAGGCAUUAUGCAUGCUUGCGUGUUGGGUUGAAAACCCUAAUGGAGUUCAUUUCAAGAAACAUCUUUUGAGGGUUUCUGAUUACUUGUGGAUUGCAGAAGAUGGGAUGAAAAUGCAGAGCUUUGGAAGUCAGUUAUGGGAUUCAGGGUUUGCCCUCCAAGCUUUACUCGCAAGUAAUCUCUGUAGUGAGAUCCCUGACGUACUCAGGAGAGGACAUGACUUCUUUAAGUAUUCUCAGGUUAGAGACAACCCUUCGUCUGACUUCAAUAGCAUGCACCGUCAUAUCUCCAAAGGGUCAUGGACUUUCUCUGAUAGGGAUCAUGGAUGGCAAGCUUCUGAUUGCACAGCUGAAGGAUUGAAGUGUUGCCUGUUGCUCUCCAUGAUGCCACCUGACAUUGUUGGACCCAAAAUGGACCCUGAACAUUUAUAUGAGUCUGUUACUAUCUUACUGUCUCUACAGAGUAAAAAUGGAGGUGUGACUGCUUGGGAGCCUGCACGUGGACAAGAAUGGUUGGAAUUGCUAAACCCUACAGAGUUUUUUGCUGACAUUGUUGUUGAGCAUGAAUACAAUGAGUGUACUUCAUCAACAAUCCAAGCUUUGAUUCUUUUCAAGCAACUAUAUCCAGAUCACAGGACAGAAGAGAUCAACAGUUCCAUCAAGAAAGCUGUGCAAUACAUAGAGAACAUACAGAUGCUUGAUGGUUCAUGGUAUGGAAGUUGGGGAGUUUGCUUCACAUACAGUACAUGGUUUGCUUUGGGAGGCCUAGCAGCUGCUGGAAAGACGUAUAGUAACUGUUUGGCUAUGCGUAAGGGAGUUCAUUUCCUUCUCACUAUUCAGAAAGAUAAUGGAGGUUGGGGUGAAAGCUACUUGUCAUGCUCCAAAAAGAGAUACAUUCCAAGUGAAGGGGAGAAAACAAACUUGGUGCAAACCUCUUGGGCAAUGAUGGGUCUGCUUCAUGCAGGACAGGCUGAGAGAGAUCCCACUCCUCUUCACCGUGCUGCAAAACUAUUAAUCAACUCCCAACUAGAGAACGGUGAUUUUCCUCAGCAGGAGAUAACUGGAGCUUUCAUGAAGACCUGCUUGUUACACUAUGCAGCUUACAGAAACAUCUUCCCAGUGUGGGCGCUCGCAGAGUAUAGUAGACUAGUUUCAUUGCCAUAUGAAAAGCCUUGUAAAGAGAGAAGAUAAGAAGAAGAUUCAUCAUCAUAACUUCUCAAAAUCAAAGGGUCACUUUUGCUUAUAAGCUAUUAUUUAUAUGCAAAUGGUUGGAGUUUUCUACUAAUAAGCAAACUAAUGAUCUUGUUUGGAUCUUUAGUUUAUAUGUACGUAUUUUACUACUAUAUGUUAAUAUGUAUGUAAACAAGAUUAACCAAAAUCUUUUUCAAUGACUUCCACCAACAAGUAA